AUGGCGGACUCGUCAAGUCGCGACCGGACGCCUAAACAUAAUCAUUUAGCGCGUUCAUUAAUCACUCCUUCCGCGUCUCCUCCCGUCACUUCGCGAAUGACAGACCGCGUUCCGCCCAUAAAACGACCCCGACUCGCGGGUACUCCUUCCUCGACAUCCUCUGCAUCAUCCACGCUUGUCGCGUCAUCUUCAACCUCGACUGCUGUGGAGGACAUCGACUCUGCGCGUCGUGCAUCAACUCUCCGCGUCCUCAAUGUAUGGAACCAACUAGCGGAACGCUACAACAAACGUCUCGACGAAGACGACAUUGUCGAUCUGGUCUCCGGAACCAUCAUCAAAGAUUGUGGUGUAAUUAAGGGCGCCUCGAGGGACUACAAUAUAGGACGCUUCGCUCAAGCAGAGGUUGAGGAGAGCAACAGCGACAAUGAUGAUGCUCAAACGGAAGCUGACGCUGAGCAGAGCCAGGAUGGUGACACGGACGACGUCGAUUCCCCUGGUCCAUUUCGAGGUGCCGCCGCCACCGCCGGACUGUCUGAUCAGCUCAAAGCGCGUUUCUUCCAGAAACUACCGCCACUAUCUGCUACGACGGAUGCAGAUGACCUCAGCGAGUUCUUGGAGGCAGAGCGGUUGCGUCGAGAGCGCGAGGAACUAAUUGGGGGCGAAGGGGAGAUUGAGAUGUCGUUGGAGGAUAUUGGUAACCUCCGCAAAGCUUUGGAGGAUGCGCCACCUAGAAAGAAAGCCAAGGCGCAUUCUGCAGCCAAGCAAGCCAAAGAGCAAACACCAGAGGACAAGGCUCAGGAGAAUGCCGCUCACGUGAAUAAACCCAAGGAAUCUCCAAACUCGUCCAGAGACAACAGUGACGAGAUGCUCCAAACCCAUGCCAUCCCCCGAUCCGCACGAACACCUCCAAGCCGCAUUCGUGCUCAAGACGACGAAUCUGACGAUGAACUCGGGAUAUGGGAGAAUGACGAAUUUAACGCGGUGUAUAAUGUUAACAAAGGAGGAGAUACGAAUGCUUCGGAGACGCAGAGAGAUGUGAUCGUAUUGUCUGACUCUGACUCGGAUCCUUCUCGGCCUUCAACUCCUCGACCUCCUUCAGAGAGGCUGUCGCCAAUUCGAUUCUCUCCCCUUCCUUCCCCACCACCAAGGGCGAAGUCGAAAUCUGUGCCUAAUACACCUAAAGGACCUCCGUUGCGGAAAUCUAGUCGGGCAAAAAGCAAGACCCCUUUCCGGUCUCAACGUGCAUCACGAUCAUUGUCGCCUCCGCCUGCCCCUCAAGCAGAUCCCCAUCAACGCGCAUCUCACAUUCAACUUCAUACCCCUCCCCGCUCCUCCUCAGCAGCUACUGACAACACAUUGGCACAUGAAGAACUCUUGACCACCUUUAGCAUCCCGUCUGCAUCAACGUCGCGCAAAGCUCCUCCAUCGCGACAGACUCCCGCAUCUCCUGUCUCGAAGCCUACUUCCUCAGUUACCCCGUCGGCGCCUUGCCCAACUCCUGCGAAAGUACCGAAGAGCAUCAAGAAAGCAUCCGGGACCAAGGAACCCCCAGCGACGAAGGAUGUUAUCCCGAAGAAGAUACCGAAGGGGAAGCUUGUACCUGAAGUUGUCAUCUCUCACAAACCUCGGGGGAAAUCGAUGCCUCCACCACAUGAAGAACUGGCUGAUUAUAUAGUAGAUGACCGAGACAGGAUAUCUGCUAAGGAUAAAGGGAAGCAGAAGGCUCUCGACACGGCCAAUCUUGUAACUCCCCAAAAUGAGCAGCAGUCUACUCGCAACAAAGGGAAACAAAGGAUAAAGGACACCGAGCGUUCCGUGUCGCCCGUGGUACUGCCCCCCAAAUCUGCUCGCGGCAGUGGCAGCAGUAAGGGGAAGCAGAAGGCCGUAGACCCUGAAAAUUCUGCAACACCCGAGCAGAGGGGUAUUCGUGGCAAGAGAGCCACACCGGGUCCUUCUGAUACCAACUCUCGAGUCAAAAAGCGCAAACGGAUGGUUUCUAACGAAUCAUCUACGGGAGCUGAACGAGAAACCGACAUUCCGCCCGCGAGCUCAGCGACGGAUGAUCUAGAUGAUUAUUCCUCGGGACCCAGAUCUGCUUCUCGUUCACCAUCUCGAGCACUUUUCCAGCAAUUUCACCCCUAUCCAUUCUCAGACCCCACGAACCGCGCGACAUCUCAACCCCCAAUGCAAGGAUACCCAGGAUACCCAGUGCUACCACCCCCGCCACAAUCAGGCCACUUUGAUCCCAUGCAUGCACAGAUGCUGCUCGCUUACACAAUGUCAUAUAUGAUGUCCGCGAAUAUAGGACAACAACAGCCCCACAAUGCACCUACUCCCUGGCCACCUUACACCCCCAAUGGGACUACCUUUCCUUCGUCAUCUGCCCUCGACUCGUCCGCCUCUGCAACACCUUACUACCAUCCUAUCCCUUACCCACCUUACCCUCCGCAUCCUGUCAUGCCUGGCCAAGCUACUGACCCGGUCUCCUUUUCUGACAUGGACAUUACUCCUCCGCGACGCCCCGCAAUAGCUCGCGGAAGGAGCCAGUCUCGAGGACGUAGAGUUUCCUUCAAGCUGGAUGACCGCAAGCGAGCACACAUACUAGAGCUAGGCCAUGUGUCUGAUUCUGAAGACGAGGCUCUUCCACCAAGAGCUAAAUCUCCCAAAACGCCAGCGAAACCCCCCUCUGGUAGAGAAAGAGAGAAGAGCAUCGUAAGCGAAAGCGACGAAGAAUUUGAGGAGAUGGUACAAGGCCCUCCCCCCAAGGGCGACCGAGCUCAAACGCCAGGUCCAUCUCUUGGUCGUGCUCGGUCGAGUAAUCCGCCUUCCCCGCUCAGGAGGGGGCGAAGUACCACAGUUGCUCGGAAGGACCGAUCUCUCCACAAGUAG